AUGAUAGUUAUUCAUGAUAUAGCAGAAAAUGGACAAGUGCUUUAUUUAAGAAUGGCUGCAUCAGAAUUAGACACCAUAACUGUAAAUCAACACAUUAGAGAUGAUGAGACCAUCACUUCAGCGGGUGGGAGCUUUAAACUGGGUUUCUUCAGUCCAGGUGAUUCCAAGAAUCGAUACUGCCUCAACAGAUACUUGGGGAUAUGGUACAAGAAAGUGGCUACUGGGACAGUGGUAUGGGUUGCCAACAGAGAAAGUCCACUAACUGAUUCAUCGGGAGUUUUAAAGGUCACUCGGCAGGGAAUUCAUGUUCUGGUAAACGGUACUAAUCGAAUUCUUUGGAAUUCUAAUUCAUCACGUUCUGCACAGGAUCCAAAUGCUCAGCUUUUGGAAUCUGGAAAUCUUGUUAUGAGAAGUGGCAAUGAUAGUGACUCAGAAAACUUCUUAUGGCAGAGUUUUGAUUGUCCAUGCGAUACUCUUCUACCAGGCAUGAAGUUUGGAAGGAACAGAGUAACGGGCCUGGAUCGAUACCUGUCAUCAUGGAAGAGUGCUGAUGACCCUUCUAAAGGUAAUUUUACUUAUGGGAUUGAUCUAAGUGGAUUUCCACAACUAUUAUUGAGGAAUGGUUUAGCUGUAGAGUUUCGUGCUGGACCAUGGAAUGGUGUUCGAUAUAGUGGAAUACCUCAAUUAACAAACAACUCAGUUUAUACAUUUAAUUUUGUUUCUAAUGGAAAGGAGAUAUAUUUUAUUUAUUCUCUAGUUAACAGCUCUGUUAUUAUGAGGCUUGAGUUAACUCCUGAUGGUUAUUCACGAAGAUUCACAUGGACUGAUCAAAAAAAUGAAUGGACUAUUUACUCAACUUCGCAGAGGGAUGACUGUGACAAUUAUGCAAUAUGUGGGGUAUAUGGAAUCUGUAAGAUUGAUGAAUCUCCAAAAUGUAAGUGUAUGAAGGGAUUUAGGCCAAAGUUCCAAAGCAAUUGGGACAUGGCAGACUGGUCAAAUGGAUGCUUUCGAAGCACUCCACUAGAUUGUCAUAAGGGUGAUGGAUUUGUAAAAUUAUCUGGUGUGAAACUGCCAGACACUCAGAACUCUUGGUUUAAUGAAAGCAUAAACCUUAAGGAAUGUGCUUCCCUGUGCUUGAGGAACUGCUCUUGCACUGCUUAUGUAAAUUCAGAUAUCAGAGGAAAAGGAAGUGCAUGCUUGCUCUGGUUUGGUGACUUGAUUGACAUCAGAGACUUCACUCAAAAUGGGCAAGAGUUUUACGUAAGGAUGGCUGCAUCAGAAUCAGAUGCUUUGUCAAGCCUAAAUAGCAGCUCCAAGAAGAAGAAAAGGCAGGUCAUUGUCAUCUCUAUAUCAAUUACAGGAAUAAUUCUUUUAAGUCUGGUCCUAAUCCUAAAUACUUGGAACACAAUACAGAAGGAGGUGAAACCAAUGAAGGUCGGGAGCAAUUUAAAGAUAUCAUUAUUUGACUUGGAUACUUUAUUGAAUGCAACCAAUAACUUUUCUAGUGACAAUAAGCUUGGAGAGGGUGGUUUUGGACCUGUCUACAAGGGAAAACUGCAAGAGAGACAAGAAAUAACAGUGAAGAUGGUGUUAAAAACUUUUAGACAAGGAUUAGAAGAGUUCAAAAAUGAAGUUGAAUCCAUUGCAAAACUUCAACAUUGAAAUCUUGUAAAACUUCUUGGAUGUUGCAUUCGUGAUAGAGAAAGGAUGCUGAUCUAUGAAUACUUGCCCAACAAAAGCUUGGACUUGUUUAUUUUUGAUCAAAUGGGAAGCGUGGUACUAGAUUGGCCUAAGCACUUCCACAUCAUCAAUGAGAUAGCUCGAUGCCUUCUUUAUCUUCAUCAAGAUUCUAGACUCAGGAUAAUCCAUAGAGAUCUCAAAGUAGAAAACAUUUUACUAGAUAAUGAAAUGAACCCCAAAAUUUCAGACUUCGGAAGAGUAAGAAGUUUUGGAGGAAAUGAAACUGAAGCAAAUACAACAAGAGUGGUUGGAACAUUAGGUUAUAUGUCCCCAGAGUAUGCAAGUGAAGGACUGUAUUCCACAAAAUCUGAUGUUUUUAGCUUUGGUGUUUUAGUGUUAGAGAUUGUAAGUGGGAAGAGAAACAGAGGAUUUAACAACCCAAACCAUGACCUUAAUCUUCUUGGGCAUGCAUGGACACUCUUUAUAGAAGAUAGGUCUUCAGAAUUUAUUGAUGCAUUAAUGGGGAACACCUGCAAUCUAUCUAAAGUGCUACGCUCAAUCAAUUUGGGUCUAUUAUGUGUGCCACGUUUCCCAGAGGAUCGACCAAACAUGCAUUAUGUGGUUUUGAUGUUGAGUAGUGAGGGUGCAUUACCUCAACCCAAAGAGCCUUGUUUCUUCACUGAUAGGAAUAUGAUGGAAGCAAAUUCUUUGUCUAGUACUCAAUCCUACAUCACGAUAAAUCUCAGGCAUUUUCUAUCUAGGAACACGACUAUGGAUUCUCUUACAACAGUUGCAGUUAUCUUCUCCUAUGUAUUAUCCCUCUUAAGAAUCUCCGUGGCAGUAGACACCAUAAUUGUAAAUCAAAACAUUACAGAUGGUGAGACCAUCACUUCAGCUGGUGGGAGCUUUGAACUGGGUUUCUUCAGUCCAGGUAAUUCCAAGAACCGAUACUUGGGGAUAUGGUACAAGAAAGCGUCUAAAAAGCCUGUGGUAUGGGUUGCCAAUAGAGAAAGUCCAUUAACUGAUUCAUCAGGAGUUUUAAAGGUCACUCAGCCGGGAAUUCUUGUUCUGGUCAACGGUACUAACGGAAUUCUUUGGAAUUCUACUUCAUCACGUUCUGCACAGGAUCCGAACGCUCAGCUUUUGGAGUCUGGAAAUCUUGUUAUGAGAAAUGGCAAUGAUAGGGAUCAAGAAAACUUCCUAUGGCAGAGCCUGGAUCGGUACCUGUCAUCGUGGAAGAGUGCUGAUGACCCUUCUAAAGGUAAUUUUACUUAUUGGAUUGAUCCUAGUGGAUUUCCACAACUACUUUUGAGGAAUGGUUUAGCUGUAGCAUUUCGCCCUGGACCAUGGAAUGGUAUUCGAUUCAGUGGGAUUCCUCAAUUAACAAUUAACCCAGUUUAUAGUUAUGAAUAUGUUUCUAAUGAAAAGGAGAUGUAUUUUAUUUAUUCUCUUGUUAACAGCUCUGUUAUUAUGAGGCUUGUGUUAACUCCUGAUGGUGAAGCUCAGCGGUCCAUAUGGACUGAUAAAAAAAAUGAAUGGACUCUUUACUCAACUGCACAGAGGGAUCAGUGUGACAAUUAUGCAAUAUGUGGAGUAAAUGGAAUCUGUAAGAUUGACCAAUCUCCGAACUGUGAGUGUAUGAAAGGAUUUAGGCCAAAGUUCCAAAGCAAUUGGGACAUUGAAGACUGGUCAAAUGGAUGCGUUCGAAGUACUCCACUGGAUUGCCAGAAGGGUGAUGGAUUUGUAAACUACUCUGGUGUGAAACUGCCAGACACACGGAGCUCCUGGUUUAAUGAAAGCAUGAACCUUAAGGAAUGUGCUUCCCUGUGCUUGAGCAACUGCUCUUGCACUGCUUAUGCAAAUUCAGAUAUCAGAGGAGGAGGAAGUGGAUGCUUGCUCUGGUUUGGUGACUUGAUUGACAUCAGAGACUUCACUGAAAAUGGGCAAGAGUUUUAUGUAAGGAUGGCUGCGGCAGACUUAGAAGCUUCUUCAAGCAUAAAUAGCAGCUCCAAGAAGAAGAAAAAACAGGUCAUUAUCAUCUCUAUAUCAAUUACAGGAAUAGUUCUUUUAAGUCUAGUCCUGACCUUGUAUGUGCUCAAGAAAAGGAAGAAACAACCAAAGAGAAAAGCAUACAUGGAACACAAUUCAAAAGGAGGUGAAAACAAUGAAGGCCAAGAGCAUCUAGAGUUACCAUUAUUUGACUUGGAUACAUUAUUAAAUGCCACUAAUAACUUUUCUAGUGACAAUAAGCUUGGAGAGGGUGGUUUUGGACCUGUCUAUAAGGGAAUAUUGCAAGAGGGACAAGAAAUAGCAGUGAAGAUGAUGUCAAAAACUUCUAGACAAGGAUUAAAAGAGUUCAAAAAUGAAGUUGAAUCCAUUGCAAAACUUCAACACCGAAAUCUUGUAAAGCUUCUUGGAUGCUGCAUUCAUGGCAGAGAAAGAUUGUUGAUCUAUGAACACAUGCCUAACAAAAGCUUGGACUUUUUUAUUUUUGAUCAAAUGCAAAGCAAGAUGCUAGAUUGGCCUAAGCGCUUCCUCAUUAUCAAUGGGAUUGCUCAAGGCCUUCUUUAUCUUCAUUGGGAUUCCAGACUCCGGAUAAUCCAUAGAGAUCUCAAAGCAGAAAACAUUUUACUAGAUAAUAAAAUGAUACCCAAAAUUUCAGACUUCGGAAUAACAGGAAGUUUUGGAGGAAAUGAAAUUGAAACAAACACAACAAGAGUGGCUAGAACAUUAGGUUAUAUGUCUCCAGAGUAUGCAAGGGACGGAUUGUAUUCCACAAAAUCCGAUGUUUUUAGCUUUGGUGUUUUGGUUCUAGAGAUUGUAAGUGGGAAGAGAAACAAAGGAUUUAACCACCCGUAUCACGACCUUAGUCUUCUUGGGCAUGCAUGGACAUUCUUUAUGGAAGAUAGGUCUUCAGAAUUUAUUGAUGCAUCAAUGGGGAACACCUGCAAUCUAUCUGAAGUGCUAUGCUCAAUCAAUUUGGGUCUAUUAUGUGUGCAACGUUUCCCAGAGGAUCGACCAAGCAUGCAUUCUGUGGUUCUGAUGUUAGGUAGUGAGGGUGCACUACCUCAGCCCAAAGAGCCUUAUUUCUUCACCGAUAUGAAUAUGAUGGAAGGAAAUUCUUCCUCUGGUACUCAAUCCACCAUCACACUGUUGGAAGCUUCAUGGAAGAUGCUUCAUGUUGAUGUUUUGUUGUCUUUAGACCUCUGACUUCAACUACUUUAGGCAACUUUUCUCAACCACACUGCUUAGCUUCCAACAAAAGACUCAUAUAAGAUGCUGUCAAGUGAUUAGUCUUUGCUGCUACUUUUUGUAUGGAUAAUGAUAGUUACUGAUAGUAUAUAAGUUCAAUAAAGAAGUUGACCAUAUAAUGGAA